GAUAUCUUGAUCGCCCGGGCAGCUGCAUUGCUGCCAGAUGAAGGGUUUACAGAUCUUGAUCUUUCGCCAACGCGAAUCGCUUCUGUUCUCGAGAGUGAAGCGCCGAUAUCACAUCGAACCGCGGUGCUCGCAGACAUUUUGUCGUGUGUAUCGCAAUCCGUUGUCUGCAUUGUAGAUGGAAUUCGGAGGCUUGAGGAUUGCUCGGAUCUUGAGCACAGCCAGCAACUUCGCAAUCUCAUUCGGUCGACUAGGAGGAACAGCAAGAGCUGAACUACAGGACAAAGUCUGCUUUACCACGGAUGGCUAUGUCCAGGUCCUUGCUGAAAAGGUCCACUCGGGGUGCCUAGAAUUGGCUCGUUGUGAAGCCGAAGCAGACGAUCGAUUUGCGGAGGACACCGCUCAAUUCGGCGAUCCGUACUCAUGAUGGGAUGUCCAUCAGAGACGAGCUCUGACGCUGUCUCUCCUGUCCGGGUCCGGUGUUCAAGCCCUUUGUGCCGUGAUGGUCUUCAAUAUCGUCGCGUAGUUUAGGUGGCCUUUCCCGAGCUUGU